UCUGUGUAAAGCUGGGUCAUGAUUAUAUAAGGCGAACGGUGAUUGAAUUGUAGUAGGGUCAAAAAGAAUUUCUCUCCCAACAUGAAAUUUUCAGUCGUGUGCUUAACAGCAAUCAUUUCAGCUGUAGGACAUGCUAAAUCCUUAAACUAUCAAGGCAAACCCUUGGAUAGAGGCGGUAGUUAUUACAGUCACGGCAGUGGAGGGAGAGGAAGCUCAGGCUACUAUGGUGGUGGAGGUGGUGGUGGAUCCGGUUACAUUGGAGGGGGAAAUGGUUACAGUGGAGGAGCAUCCAGGUACAGUGGAGGUGGAUCCAGGUACAGUGGAGGUGGAUCCAGCUAUAACGGAGGAGGAUCCAGCUAUAACGGAGGAGGAUCCAGCUAUAACGGAGGAUCCAGCUAUAACGGUGGUGGAUCAAGCUAUAACGGAGGUGGAUCCAGCUAUAACGGAGGCGGAUCCAGCUAUAACGGAGGAUCCAGCUAUAACGGAGGUGGAUCCAGCUAUAACGGAGGUGGAUCCAGCUAUAACGGAGGAGGAUCCACCCACAAUGGUGGUAGUGGAUCCGGGUAUCACGGAGGGGGAUCCAGCUAUAACGGAGGUAGAACCAGCUACAGCGGUGGGAGUGGAUCUGGCUACAACGGUGGGGGUGGUUUAGGAGGCGGCUACAACACUGGUUAUUCUGGACACAGCGGUGGUAGUGGUGGUGGUGGUGGUGGCGGCAACUACGGCUACAAUAAUGGCGGUUACUCGGCUGGCCGUCGUCCAUGUUGAGACGGGUCAUCAGUCAUCGAAGUCAGAGCCUCCAGCUACCUACAAGGCUGAAAAUCAAUAUUCAAAAUAGGCCAAUGAAUUGACAACGCAAAGAAAUAAAAUUGAGCUUGGUA